AUGGAGCUGGGAAAUGGCACCAGAAUGAAAAAAUUUGUAUUUCUGGGACUUACUCAGUCCCAAGAACUAAGCUUCGUCUUGUUUAUGUUUCUGUGUUUUGUGUAUGUGACUACCUUGAUAGGAAAUCUCCUCAUCAUGAUCACUGUGACCUGUGAGUCCCGCCUCCACACCCCCAUGUACUUCCUGCUCCGCAAUCUAGCCAUCCUUGACAUCUGUUUCUCCUCCAUCACUUCUCCUAAAGUCUUGGUGGAUCUCCUAUCAAAGAAAAAGACCAUAUCUUAUACAAACUGCAUGGCACAGAUAUUUUUCUUCCACCUCCUCGGCGGGGCAGACAUUUUUUCUCUCUCUGUGAUGGCGUUCGACCGUUACAUAGCCAUCUCCAAGCCCCUGCACUAUGUGACCAUCAUGAGUAGGGAGCGAUGCACUGCCCUCAUUUCAGCCUCCUGGGUGGGGGGCUUUGUCCAUUCCAUCGUGCAGAUUUCUAUGUUGCUCCCUCUCCCUUUCUGUGGACCCAAUGUACUUGACACUUUCUACUGUGACGUUCCCCAGGUCCUCAAACUCGCCUGCACUGACACCUUCACUCUGGAGCUGUUGAUGAUUUCCAACAAUGGCCUGGUCACUACCCUGUGGUUUAUCUUCCUGCUUGUGUCUUAUAUACUCAUCUUAAAGAUGCUGCAAUCUCAAGCAAGGGAGGGCAGGAGUAAAGCUAUCUCCACCUGCACCUCCCACAUCACUGUGGUAACCCUGCAUUUUGUGCCCUGCAUCUAUGUCUAUGCUCGGCCCUUCACUGCUCUCCCCACAGAUAAGGCCAUCGCUGUCACCUUCACUGUCAUCUCCCCUCUGCUGAACCCCUUGAUCUACACUCUGAGGAACCAUGAGAUGAAGUCAGCCAUGAGGAGACUGAAGAGAAGAUUUCUGCCUUCUGAAAGGGAAUAG